AUGUUCCCUUUCAUGCGACGAGCCCGCGGAGACGCCUGGCAGCGCGUCGGGCGUAUAUCCGCCUUCCCCGAUAUCGGCCCCAACAACGACGACAACUACCGCAUCGCACCGCGCUGCAAAGCCUUCAGCAUCCCCAAGACCGACAGCAGCGCGGGAUCGCAGUGCCCAGUAGAAGCAGACAUCGACCUUCCAGGGGACCUGAAGGACCAAGUCCUCGUGUUCCGGUACAAGGGCAAGGUGCACGCGAUUGACCAUCAAUGUCCUCACUCGUCGUUCCCCCUCUCGCAGGGGACGAUAUUCGAUAUUGAGGAUUUUGGCAUCACGCUCAGCGCCGGCGUCACGUGUCCUAAGCACGGGUGGGCUUUUGAUAUCUUCUCCGGGCAGGCGGACCGUGGGAAUUAUAAGCUGAAGAUCUGGGAGGUGCAGUUGAGAGAUCCGCCGGAGGAUGGUGGGGAUCCGGAGGAUAAGGAGGUGUGGACUGUUAAUGCAAACAAGCGAAGAAAGCAAGUUGAGGAACAAUUGCAGCAGAUGAAUCACAUGACAGGGGAUUGUACUGCAGGAAUCCAUGCCAGCCCCUUACCACUUCCAAUCAUUCGAGGUGACCCAAUUCCUCAGGAGCAGGUGAUCGGGUAUGGAAGCUCUGCAGUAGUGCUACUCGAAGAUGGCGUGGCUGUCAGAACCCCAUUAAGAUGUAUUUGGAGCUCAGACUACGAUGUUGAUGUGAACAUCCAAAGUCUUAGACGUGAACAAGAUGUUUACCGUCGCUUGCACAGCCUCGAAGAUGACCGUUCCACGGGCAUUGUCCGUUGUCUUGGUUUCUCAACCGAAGCCACCAGACUUGCUUAUAUGCCCAACGGCGACCUCCGGACUUAUCUGGCAAAGUGCCGACCUUCUCGUCAGCUACAACUCGCAUGGUGCUAUGAGAUGGCCCGCAUACUUUGCUACGUUCACGAUAGACGUGUUCUUGUUGCAGACAUUUCUUCCCAGAAUUUUCUUCUGGAUUGCCAUAUAUCCAUUAAGAUGUGCGAUUUCUCAGAGGCGUCUCUCCUUCCAUUGGAGACCGAUAUGGAGACCGCGGAUGACAAGGGAUUCACCACUCAAAUCGAUAUUGGCCUCCUUGGAGCGGUGAUGUAUGAAGUCAUGACGGGCAGCAGGUGUAAAGUCGAUCUCUUCAAGGACAACUUGCCCACCGACGGCCGAGCCUAUUGGCCAGACCGGAAGACUCUACCGAGUACACAGGAUAUCUGGCUCGGUGCGAUUAUUGAAGGCUGCUGGACGGGUGAAUUUCGCACUGCUCACAGUCUCCUACAAGCGUUGGAUUCCGUCGAUCCAAACUGCACCUCUCCGAUUUCCUAA